GCGGUGUUGGCGUAUUGAACAUUACUGAUGUUUCUCUAAACGCUUCGAUAACUGAGGCCAAUGACAACCUCAAAGAAACAUCAGAAUACCAGAUUCUCAGCUGAGUGUCAGGAAAUGGAGUGGCGGACACCAGUUGUUUCUGAGAAGUUCCAGAGCCGUUUUGGCUGGCGGCCCAGCACUGUAGACAGUGGGGACACUGGAAUAUGCACCAACCCCUCUGACAGCACAGAAGAUUUCUGCAGCUCUAGCAGCAGCCCAUCUUUCCAGCCAAUCCGAAGCCAGAUUCCCAUCCCUACCGCUCAUGUCAUGCCUUCCACGGCCGGAACUUUGGCCUUCAAGUCCCAGCAACACACGACAGAUGAAGCACAAGCCUCAUCUCAUUCUAGAAACUCAAGUUCAUCCAGUUCCAAGUCUUCCCUACCCAAGUCUGCCUCUUCCCCUAACCUAGAUGCACAAGGUGGGGGUAACCUGGAUGCUUCUGCCCCCAAGGCAGAUUGCCUGAGUCGAUAUCGUAGCCUCGUGAACGGAUUGGACCACUCUCUUUUUCCCUCCGUGGAGCAAUCUCGACUAGGUGACGGUCAGAGGUUUGACGUGCCUGCGGUGGAGCCUACGCUAAAUCAGUCGGCUUUGCUCGGAGGGUUCUGCCCAGAUGCUCAACUACGACUUCAGAUGACCUGUUUGGGAAACAGUAGUGAAUGUGGGGGUGAGGUCUACCAUGACCCUUUGGAACAAACAUAUAAGGUCCUGCCUGAGACCAUGCCAGGAGGUCAAAGUUCAUCAGACUCUUAUGGCCAAAGGAAAAGUCUCCUUUCGGGUCACCCUGGCAGCUGUGCCUCAGCAGGGACUUACUCACACCCUCAGGGUUUGCACACACAGGCUCUGCUGAGGGAACAAACCGCUUCUGUGGCUUACGAGCCCUUGAUACAGGAGCGCAGUGCUGAACUGGCGAGCUGGCAACAGCAAAAACAGAAACUCGAGAAUCUUCGCAUGCAAGUGGAACAAAUGCAGUUAAUGACGGCAGGCUCUGGACCGUGCUCUGGACCGUACUCCUCCCUCUAUCCAACCUCCCUCCAUACGGACGGCAGCAAGUGGGACGCUGUUGUCAAAGCCAAUGAGAACAUGCUGAAAGAAAAGGAGCUCAUCAUUGAGAGACAGAAACAGCAGUUGUCUCAACUGGAGCAACGUCUGCGCGAGAGCGAGCUGCAGGUGCACGGGGCCCUGAUGGGACGAGGCGCACCUUACACAGACGUGUGUCUGCUACGACUCCAGGAAGCCCAGCGCGAGAACGCCUUCCUGCGGGCCCAGUUUGCAGAGCGAAGCGACUGCUUCGCCAAGGAGAAGACGGAGGCCGAGCGUCGCCUGGGAGCGGUGGAGGUGGAGACCCGCCGGCUGAGCGACAUGCUGAGAGAGAGCAGCGAGAGACACGCUGAAGAAAUGAAGAAGCAGGAGGAAAGAAUUCGCAGCAGGGACAAGCAUAUCAACAGCUUGAAAAAGAAGUGCCAGAAAGAGGCCGAGCAGAAUCGAGAGAAGCAGCAGCGCAUCGAGACGCUGGAACGCUAUUUGGCCGACCUGCCAACCAUGGAGGACUACCAGACACAAAGCAAGCAGCUGGAGGAGAUGGAGCAAAGGGCCACUCAGCUGCAGGCGAGCGUCAGAAACCUAGAGGCCCAGCUGGAGGAGUCACAGGCUGCAACACGUGACAAAGAGGCUCAGCUUGAGGAACAGAGACAGAGAGAGAAGGAGCUUUUGAGCACUGUCACCAGUCUCCAGAACAGGGUGCAGCAAGGCCUUGAGGACGGGGCGAGAUUGCCUAGUCUGGAUGCGGAGAAGCUACGAGAAGAGAACAGUGUCUUAAGGGAAGAACAGCAGAAGCUCAAAAAGGUUAUUGAGAAACAACUCAGAAUGAUGGAACAGUUGGGAUCAAAAAUCAGGUCCCUAGAGGAGCAGGUAUCACAGGAGGAGUGCAGUAGCCAAGCCCUGAGGGAGGAGUUGUCUGGGAAAGAACACGACCUGUUACAGUUGCACACCGCUAUGAAGGAGCUGUCGGGCCAGAACCAGGAGCUGAUGGAGCAGAACCUGACAUUGCAGGAGCGUCUUGAGGAGGUCGAGAAAGGAAAGCUGAGCGCGUUGGAACACUCCUCGCCCUCGCAGGCGACCGGAGCCCGACUCACACGGCAACUGCACAGAGAAAUGACAGCCUGCCUCAGUGACCUGCGCUCACUGUGCAAUGUCCUAACACAGCGAGCACAGGGUCGCGACCCCAACCUUUCUCUCCUGCUAGGCAUACACUCCCCUCCCACGGCAGAGGAGCCACUGGAGGACUGUCUCAGUCCAGAAGUGCUUCAGAAGAAACUAGCCGAAGCCCAACAGCUUCGACGUGACGUGGAGGAACUGCGAACUACCGUCUCAGAUCGCUAUGCCCAAGACAUGGGCGAAAACUGCAUAACUCAGUGAUGAGGGUCAGCUAUAGCAAAACCUAUACUGCAGAUAUAAUUGUACUUUUUUUUUUUUAAGCUUGAGCUAAAAAAAAAAAUAUAAUUAUCAAACGGAAUUGUUUUCACACAGAGGCCUCUAGCAUGGGGAUAGGCCUUCCAGUGUUAUCCAUGAAUUUCUCCCAAAGGGCUAGCAUGACUAA